AUGGAAGACGCCAUAGAACCAGCUGAACGUUUGGAUUUCGAUCAAGCGACCGCAAGGUUCGUCGAAUGGUUCACGGCCGCUGAUGGGACUCGGUUAAGCCCUAAAGUCCAGCUCAAGGAUCUGAGAAGCGAGGGUGCGGGAAGAGGAGCUAUUGCUGUCGAGGACGUCGAAGAAGAUGAGGAGUUAUUCGCUAUUCCUCGAUCCCUUGUGCUCACAGUCACAACUUCGAGCAUUCCACCUGCCCUGCUCGAACCUCUCAGCGAAACUGGAGCGUGGCAACCGUUGAUCGUCACUAUCAUCUAUGAAUACCUGCGAAAAGAAAAGUCGCCAUGGCACGCCUAUUUCCAAGUACUUCCUACGAAAUUCGACAGCCUAAUGUUCUGGAAUGCUGCCGAGCUUGACACUCUACAAGCCAGUGCCGUGGUUGAUAAGAUCAGUAGAAGUCAAGCUGAAGAGUCCUGGAAAGAGACAAUGAUACCGGUGAUGCUAUCACAUCCUGAACUAUUUCCGGUCCCUGGUCAAAGUGACUCAGCCAGGACAGCAGAACUGAUCAAGCUUGCUCAUAUCGCGGGCAGCUCCAUUAUGGCCUACGCUUUCGAUAUAGACAAGGACGGUGACAAGGAAGAUGCAAGCAAUGACUCGGACGACGAAUUUGAAGAGGACGACGAAGACGAGCCGCUCAAGGGUAUGGUGCCUUUGGCUGAUAUGCUGAACGCAGAUGCGGACAAGAAUAACGUGCGUUGUCUCCUUUUCAUCCGACUUCAUUAUGGAAAGUUGACUUGGGUUUUCAUACAGGCACGUCUUUUUCAAGAAAACGACUACCUCAUCAUGAGAUCUACGAAGCAAAUCAGGGCCGGCGAGCAAAUCUUCAACGACUAUGGUCCUCUCCCUCGCUCGGAUCUCCUGCGCAUGUACGGCUACAUCACUGAUAACUACGCUCAAUAUGACGUCGUCGAGAUUUCGCAUGAUCUUCUUCUUGAGGUAGCAGGCAAGAAGCAUGCUAAAGAUGCAACUUGGCUGAACCGUGCACAACAACUUGAGGAGAUUGGCAUUAUUGACGAUGGAUAUGCCAUACCGAGACCUGCAGCAGAAGCCGGAAAGCUUGAAAAAGCCAUCCCCGGUCAGAUACACAUGCUCUUGCGCGCUCUGUGUACUGAGGCCAUCAAGACCCCCAAAGACACCGUCACUAUCAAAGAAGCUGCGCUGCUACAGUCUGCUCUCACAAAACGGCUGUCGGAAUAUGGCACCUCUCUAGAGGCAGACAGGUCUGUUCUAGAGUUACUGGCUCGCUCUGAACCGGGGAAUUCACUCAUUCCCUCCGGCUGCGACGAGCAUCGAUAUGCCAUGGCACUGCAAGUGAGGAUUGGAGAAAAGGAGAUCUUACACCAGUUGAUCGGAUUAUGUCAGGCCCACAUUGCACAUAAGAAUCAGGAGAUCACAGCGGUGUCUACAAAACGACAAUCCAGCGAUGACUCGGAUAACAAACCUAAGAAAGCAGCACGAAAAGACAAUACACGAGGUUGA